UAAAAUUUAAACAUUUCAUCUACUGCCUUCAACCACUUCCUCGCUCCUUAUACCAGGAAUUGGGUCUUUACCACGGCGCACAAUCAGCCUAAUCAUCGAGAUGGGUCGGACCAAGGGCCUCAAACGGUCGCGACGCGACGACGACGAGGGCGUAGAGAGCGACGCGGAGGUCAAGUCGACUAGCAAGUCGAGCAAGAAGGUGAAGAAGGGAGAUGCCGAAUCUGGCAAAGAUGACGAUGGAAACCCUUUCUGGGCUCUGGGAGGCACCCGCAGGGCAACCAUCAGCAACUUCAAGGGCAAGGUGUUUGUCAACCUACGCGAGUACUAUUCGGACAGCAGCUCCGGCAGCCUGAAGCCCGGAAAGAAGGGCAUCACGCUGACCAUCGAGCAAUACCACAAACUACUCGAGGCGAUCCCCUCGAUCAACGCCGAACUGCGGGACAAGGGGCACGACGUGCCAGGCGCUCCGGACGCGCCCGCCGCCAGCACGUCCGACGCCCCCGCGAAGGCCACGGCGGACAAGGAGAAGAAGGCCAAGAAGGCGAACAUCGAGACUACUAGCGACGAGGACGAGGACGAAGGCGCUGAGUAAGGUGCUUGCAGGGAACUGGGACGAUCGAACUUGGAACCUUCGGGUAUAGGUUGUCCCGAACAAGUACCCUCACCACACCGCAGCGCGUUCCAUUAUCUGGUCGUGGCUGGAAGCAGGACUGAGGGCGGUCGGAUGGGCGCACCUUGCUAGUGCAAAGGCGAACGUUGUGGUGAUUCCGACGUCUCGACGCGCCAACACGACGGCGUUUACUCCGAAGCUAUGGUUUUUAGGGGCCUCGUUUGCGGCAUAGAACUGUCAGCCGCUUCUUAAUUGAUACCCA